CUGGCGUGCUGACUCUUUGGAUGGACAGGUCACAGCCCCUUGGAGGAAGGAGAGGCUGGGACGGGAAAACAGAAGCCAAGUGGCCCAGCCCUUCCCAGUCUUUUCGGGCUUUGCACCCAGCUGCUAGCAGCAGCCUUCUCCAAGCACACAGGCCUUAAUCUGGGGCGGUUCGGAGCGGGGGCUAGGUUCCUGGGAGCACGUUCUGACGGUGGCCGCGAGGGUUCCCUUCCCGCGAGCAGAAGGCUAAGGGAGAGGCUGAGGCAGCGGGCCAGUGGCUGGCUUGGUUAGACAUAACAGACCCAGUAAAACCUUAAAAACCUUUGGGGUGAGGGAGAAGAGGAGCCUGCGGUCCUAGGGGCUUGCAGUCUGGGGGCCUGCGUGACUGGGCCUCUCUCCCAGGCCCCCGCCAGUUGUCCCCCUCAUCCCGAUCCGGCCAUGGCGAGUGGGCGGCCAGACCUGAAGAGGAGCUUCUCCAUAAUACCCUGCUUCAUCUUCGUGGAGGGCUUCUUCUGCUACGACAGCGCCUACGCCAAGCCCUACCCGGGCCCGGAGGCCGCCAGCCGCGUCCCGCCGGCUCUCAUCUACCCGCUGGUCACCGCGGGGCCCGCCAUCACGAUCCUGCUCGGAGAGCUGGCCAGGGCCUUCUUCCCGGCUCCGGCCUCCGCCGUGCCGGCCCUGAGAGAGAAGACCAUUGUGUGUGGGGACUGCUGCCGCUUCAGCCCAGCCCUCCGAAGGCUGGUCCGCUUCCUGGGCGUCUAUUCCUUUGGCCUCUUCACCACGUCCAUCUUUGCCAACGCCGGGCAAGUAGUGACAGGGAAUCCCACCCCGCACUUCCUCUCGGUCUGCCACCCCAACUACACAGCUCUGGGCUGCCCCCCGCCAGCCACUGACAAGCCUGGACUGGACCGGUAUGUCACAGACCAAGGGGCCUGUGCAGCCGGCAACCCCGCCCUGGUUGCAGCUGCGCGACGUGCCUUCCCCUGCAAGGACGCGGCCCUGUGCGCAUUUGCGGUCACCUACACGGCGAUGUAUGUCACCCUGGUGUUCAGGGUAAAGGGCUCCAGGCUGGUGAAGCCUUCGCUCUGCCUCGCCCUGCUCUGCCCGGCCUUCCUGGUGGGGGUGGUCCGUGUGGCUGAGUACCGCAACCACUGGUCCGAUGUGCUGGCCGGAUUCCUGACGGGGGCAGCCAUCGCCACCUUCCUGGUCACCUGUGUUGUCAACAAGUUCCAGAGUCGCGUGCCUCUAAGCCAGCGCACAUUCAGAUGGGAGGGCCUGGCCACAGUACCUGCCAUCGAGAACCCCCUUGAAAAGUUAAAUUCAGCCCAGGAGCCCAAGACCACUGCACCCCCGCUGCAGCCUGCCCGACUCACCCCACCCAAGCUGCAGAGCUGUACCCGUCGGGGCCACCUGAUCCCCAGCUGUGUGUCUUCCCGGGCCCCCCCGAUGUGUUCUUCCCCUCGUGUUCCCCGCGCUCGAGUGAGGUCUGAGCCGACAUUGCCUGCCAUGGCCCCUGGGCCCAGCCAGGGCCCUCCGCCAUCCCCUGGACCAUCCGGGGCCGGCGGGGGUGGAGGUGGGGGUGGCCGGGGCCGAAAGCUGCUGCUGCCCACUCCUCUGCUGCGGGACCUGUACACCCUCAGCGGACUCUAUCCCUCCCCCUUCCACCGGGACAGCUUCAGCCCCUACCUGUUUGCCAGCCGGGACCACCUGCUGUGAACUCAGGUUCCUGGGUCCUGAGCGCUUCUGGCCCCAGACACCCCCUGGAGCCCGAUGUCCUCAGGCUGUGUCUUUGUGUCUCCCGUGUGCCUGUGUAUGAAUGCGUGUGUGGGUGUGGGUGCGUGCCCGCCUGCGUGUGUCCCCACUGGUCAGUCCCACAUGGGCGUGAGGAUGGACAGAGAAUUUAAGGAAAGUCCAGGUCAGAGUGGGUACCCCCUCCAGCUGGCUGGGCCCCAGGAGUGUCUCCAUUGCCAGGACUGGGAAAGCUGAGCCGGGAGACCCUCCAUUGUCCCAAGGUCUGGGGGGGGGCAGAAGCUUCUCCUUUUUAGACAAAAGUUCAUAGAAAUAACCUUUGACCUCUUACUGUACCUUGAGGGCCUCCGUGUCUCAGAAUUGGAAGGGUGGUUGGGACAGUGUGAUUCCGGCCAAUGAGGAAGCCCAUGUUUCUGAGACCUGGGAGUGGGGAAGGGGGACAUGGGGAGGAAGGCAGGACACCGGCAACUGAGUGUUCUUGGUAUCUAAGAAUUACAGGGAAUCUUGGUGCUUGCCAGGGUGGAGCCCUAGAUGUCUCAGAAGCCAAUAAUGGGUAAUAAUUCCUAGUGACGGACCCUAGGUAUCUGAACAUUCUUGGGGCUGGGAUGGGGACCGGGAAGGCAGGUUCAGCCCAUGGGAGCCCCUUCUGACUGUUCUAAGACUACAGCCCUCUCUAGACAGCAGGAUGAAGGGAAGGAAGCGGGGAAUCUGACCUGGGGGGGUGGCACUGGAUUGUCAGGGUCCUGCUGCUGAAGCCACGUUUCUCAUUUUCUUCCCGUUGCAAGGUCCUUUGAUGGGGCAGUUCCCACCCAACCCUGAUAGUCUCCCUUAUCCUCCCAGCCAGGCUGGGUUCUUCACCUUAUUCCCCUCCAGAGUCCCUCAAUUCCCAUCAUCCCAGUGACCCUAAACUCUGAGUUCCUCUCUAGCCACCAUUGUUUCUACUCUGUGCUCUGGGACUAAAGUGGGGAAAAGGGAGUAGUGGAGCAGUCUCCGAGGUCAGGGUUUUCUCUGUCCCAGGCGCCCCUCCCUCCCUCCCUUGGUCCUAGAUUUGGAGGGUUAGGGUUGAGGGGAAGGGGAUUCACUUUUUGGACCUAAGGUCAUAGUCUUGUGAUGGAGAUGGGAGAGAAGGUAGUGUUGGAGACCUCCACACUACUAUAGCUUUUGUGCCCUGCUUCCUCAUUUCUGCCUCCAUCAAAAUCCCACAAAACACAAAAGCGACCUUUUCCCUUCCUGAACUGGCUGUGCCAGUCCCAGAGCACAGUGCUCCCAGCGGGCCUGCCCCUGCCCAAGGGGGCCACAGAGAGACUCUCCUCCACUUCCAGUUCCACAGCCUUUAAUAAAGAUGUUUGUAUCAGAAA